AUGGACGGUUCAAUAGAGAAAAGCAAGAUACAAACGUUGUAUGAAGCCUGCAGUCUGGUUUUCUCUCAGAAAGAGCCCCCAAGUUUCCAACAAAUCCAAUGGUUAAAAAAUCUCCUCGGAAUAUUUGAAGCCAAGGAUGUUGGGAUCGACGAAUUCGGAAUAUGUGGAUCUCCAUCUUCCAGCCAAAACGAGAACAAGGGUCAGAUUUGUGUGCAAAGCAUUUCUGAAAUUACUUAUAUCCAUAUUCAUGAAUGUGAUGAUUUCUCUAUUGGUGUCUUUUGUUUCCCUGCCGGAGGGGCACUUCCCCUUCAUGAUCACCCAGGAAUGACGGUUUUCAGCAAAGUCUUAUACGGUUCAGUUUACGUCAAAGCUUAUGAUUGGGUACUGAAAGUAGAUACUUCAUCAUCCACGUCCAAAACAUUGGGAUUGGCAAGCAGGGUGAGAGAGGAGAUCAUUAUGAGGGCGCCGUGCGAGACAAGCGUUUUGUAUCCAACAAGUGGUGGCAACAUUCAUUCUUUCACUGCAUUAACUCCUUGUACCAUCUUGGAUGUUCUCACGCCACCCUACUCUGAUGACCUUGGAAGGCCUUCCACUUACUUCUCACUCUUCCCCUUGUCUUCUCUUCCCGAUUACGUCGUGCUUGAGGAAAGAGACUUGCCAGAGGAUCUCGUGGUUAGGGGAGCUCCCUAUAUGGGCCCUCAAAUUGAUGCAGGCCAUGACUUUUGUUAACUUUUUUGCAUAAUAUGUGUUUAUUUGGUGUAAGAUAGGAAUUAGGAUAACAGCCCACGUGCUAUUUUUGUAAAGACAAUGGUAUCGGCUUUGACAUAUAUAGAAAGA